CAGUUCUGAGCAGUAGUGCUUGAUUGCUGGGAGAGCCAUGAAGACACUGGUGACUUUUGCCCUUGUGGGACUUCUAGCCCUUUGGCUACCUUUCACAGCUUGUCAGAAGACUCCACAAGGCAAACCUGGAAUCUGCCCGAUAGAUCGUUGCAGAUGCACUGGCCCUCAACCUGAUGAGUGCAGAGAUGACUAUUCUUGCCGAGGACGGAAAAAGUGUUGCUAUUCCUGUUGCGCCAUGCGCUGUGUGGAUCCAAAAUUCCAGAAUGUGGAAUCUAACAUCAUGAAGACUUUAGGUGCCUUCCUCCUUCUGAGCAUCCUAGUCCUUUCUUCACAGAUGCCACCUGCAUCAGGUGCAGGAAGACCAAAAGAGAAACCAGGACAGUGCCCAGUGGUUACUGUAAGAUGUCGGAUGAUGAAUCCCCCCAACCAUUGCAAUAAUGACUUUGACUGUACAGGGUCCAUGAAGUGUUGCCAAGGGAUAUGUGGAAAAGACUGCAUCGACCCAGUAUUUGCAUAAAUUCUUGUUUCACUGAUGGACACCCAGCAGCAGCAGCAGCAACAACA